AUGCUGCAAGGUAUGUUUUAUUCGAAGACUAACGUUACAGAAUUUCCAUCCUCCACAAUGGACAUUACCUAGUUACUCACUUGCUGCUGAGAAGACUGCUUCCAACUUCACAUCAGUACUUUUCUUUUGUCAUAGAAUCGGGCAGCCCGUAUCCGAGUGGGGAAAGGAGACCGACCACUGACCUAUGAGCAAGCCCUCCAUCCCCACCACAUAGGCCACCGCAAGGGCUGGCUUUCCCAGCACACUAGUGCGUUUUUAGCUUACCUCUACAUCAUACACACUGAGCUAUCUGACCAUAUAUGUAAAAAGACAACCCCAACCUAAUUAGUGAGGAUGCUGCCCAAGGGGCUAGCCUUAAACUCAUCAGUUAUUAAUGUAGCUAAAUGAACUUGAUAAUUGUUGUCAAAGUAUUCCUAACGUCUCUGUCUCCAUUUCUCCCUCCAUCCGCUGUCCUUCCCUCUCUUUAUCUCCUAGGUAACUUACAGGGAGAGGGAGGAGCAUCAGAUCGUACAGUAGAGGACGUGUUCGUGCGGCGUUUCCUCUUUGGCACCUUCCAUAACUGCCUGGCCAAUGAGAUUGUGAUAAAGCGGCGAGGGAACAUGCUGGUGGUGUGUGCCCUGAUGCUGCAGAAACUCCCUCCUCAGAAGUUCUACUUCCUAAUUGGCUACUCAGAGACACUGCUCUCCCACUUCUACAAGUGUCCCGUCAAGAUGCAGGUCCAGACCUUAGCGGACAAGGCUGUCUACAAGUACCUCUGA